UCUCCUUGGUAGCUGCAGCAACUUUUCUUUUCUUUAAUGCUUUGGGAAGUGAGGCCAACUCACCACAAACCCAUGUGAACAACUCAAGAAGAUGUCGGCCAUAUAUUUGAUUAUUCUUUCUUUCCUUCUUCUUCAUCUUCUACACGGCUACACCUUUCUCACACCUUUCUCUUCCCAGUCUCAAAAGCUCAAAGCCAGUCAAGGCCAUGAAAAAAUCCCAUCUCAGAUCCUUAUAAAACUACUCGUUUUUCAUUUCCCACAAUUCAAUUUUCAUUUCUCCACCCAAAUAAUCCAAAACCCACAACUUUGCUUCUAAAGUUUCCAUCUUUUGGUUCUUGCUACUGGAGUUCGGAGGUGGAGAGUGGCGGAGGAGAUGGUAAUGGACGCGAGAGAGAGAGAGAGGUACUGAGACGGAGAUUUGAGCUGGGUUUUAAUCUGGGUUUUCAGAAAUGAGGGAAGAACACGAUAUCCUUCGGGGCUGAGAUGGUUUUGAGAGAGAGGGAGGCUGAGAUCGGUUCGGGUUCGGGCUUUCGGUCUUCAUAUAUUUGAAACCCGAGACCGAACCGAUAAAAUACAUUCGGGUCGGGCUUUGCACCGAACCGAUAAUUUUCAUAUCAAAACCGAACCGAAUCGGGCUUUUUUGCUCUGUUCGGGUCAGGUCCUCGGUCUUUCAGGUUUGGACGCCCAGCCCUACUUUUCUCCUCUUCUCUUUUCUGUCGGCCCUCCUCAUCUUUUCUUCCCUUUUCUCCUCACCUUUUCUUCUCUUUUAUGUCAUCCCCUCCUCAUCUUUUCUGAAUUUCUCCCCUUCCCUCCUCAUCUCUGCUCAAUAACCCAGUUCUCUUGUUUCUCAGACUCAAUACUCUCACCUCUCUUUGCACAUCAGCGUCAGUCUUUCACCUCUCUCUACCAAGUCACUCUCUCCUCUUCUCAGCAAUCUGCUCUCAUUCUCUCAACUUUAUUGAGAUUAAAAAUAGCAAGCAGCGGUAGAGGUGGAAAUGAUCCAGCAUGGAAGUACGCAACUCCCGUCGAAGGAAAUCGAAAUGGUACAACAUGUAUAUUUUGUUUUGCCACUUUUAAAAGUGGAGGAAUUACAAGAUUGAAGAGUCAUUUAUCGGGUUAUGAUCCUCACAAGAGUGUAAAGAAAUGUGAUAAGGUACCACCGGAGAUCAAAACAGAGGUGAUAGCAUGGAUAAAGAGAAAAGAUUCUAUUAAGCAAGAAAAGGCAGCUGUUCAAGAUGAUAUUAGAGAAGAACUCCGCAAUGAUUAUCUUGGCAAUCAAACAAGUCUGUACAAUGAUGAUGAUGAUGAUGGAUAUCAGUAUCCACCAGACAUGCACCCUGCAGAACGACAAGAUUAUCGUGCUGCAGUAAGACGAUCAACCGUAGAUCGUGAUAAGAACUCUCAGUUUAGUAGAAGUGCAAGAUUUCAAUUUCCAAAACAAUCGAGAGGCGGUAGUAGCAGUCAACAACCGCAACAAGUUGAUCGAUCAAAAACCUAUCGGUACUCAUUUCCUGAGCCUCCAGUAGCAAUGCCAUCAAAAGAUAGUCAAUCAAAACAAAGCACAAUUAAAUCAUUACUAAAAGGUGGUAGAGAACUAUUGGCAACAAUGGUGUCCAAAUACCACAUAUAUGAUGUUGUCCCUUUUAACAAAGCUGAUUCUCCACAUUUCCAAAACAUGUUGACUACAGCUGGAAAUCUAGGUUCUGGUGUAAAGCUUCCUACCUCCUAUGAAAUUCAGACUCGUUACUUAGAGAAUGAGUACACAGAAAUGAAAAGGUAUGUGGAUACUCACAGAGAAACCUGGAAAAUAUAUGGAUGCACUAUCAUGUGUGAUGGAUGGACUGGCCCAACCAAAAUGUCUAUUCUAAAUUUCAUGGUGUAUUCAAAAGGUUCAACUGUAUUUUUGAAGUCUGUAGAUGCUUCACAUAUGAAAAAAAAUGCUCAGUACAUAGAACUAUUGUUAGAUGAGAUUAUCCAAGAUGUUGGACCAGAAAAUGUUGUCCAGAUUGUCACUGACAAUGCAUCAGCAUUUAAAAAGGCCGGAAGGGAACUACAGAAAAAAUAUCCACUGUUCUGGAUCCCGUGUGCUGCCCACUGCAUCGAUUUGAUAUUUGAAGAUAUCGGGAAGCAAGAGACUGUUUCCACUGUCGUCAAAUGGGCUCAAAGUGUAACUAACUACAUCUACAAUCAUGGUUGGGUACUGGCUGAAAUGAGGAGCAUCACGAAGGGAGAUUUGAUUCGACCGGGUAAAACUCGAUUUGCGACAAAUCACAUUGCCAUCGACAGUAUUUUGAAGAAGAAAUCUGAUUUGAGAAAAUUGUUUACAAGUAGCGCAUGGAAUGAGAAUGCAGCGAGCAGGAUCAGAGAUGGCAAAAUGAUACAAAAAAGAGUCCUCGAUGGGACAUUUUGGGAUGACAUGGAAGCAGUCCAUAAAAUUUAUAAGUCAUUGUAUGAGAUUCUUCGAAUUGUUGACACAGAAAUUUAGCCAACCAUACCCAUAUUAUAUGAUAUGUUUGAAAGAGUGAAACAACAAAUAUCACAGAUGAGAGGAAAGAAAUGGGUGCUUAAAAUCAUCAAUAAUCGAUGAGAUAACACAUUAAGUCAACCAUUGCAUGCAGCAUGUAUUAUUUCUCUAUCUCGAAAUACGUUUGUAUCUUGAUAAUUACUUAGUUAGAUCUAUAUUAUAUAA